CUCUCUCAAACCCAACCAAACCUCUUUCCCUCGUUUUUUAAGAGAGAGAAAGUAGAGAGAGAGAGAGAGAACACACCACAACAAGCCCAAUUGCUUUUCCACACCUCAAUUUCAGGAUACUUCCAACCCUCCACGACCAAUUGUUCUUCCUUUUUUUUGUUUUCAAUUCACGAUUUUCGUCAAGGUUUUUUCUUAACCACGAGAGUUCGCUGUCUUAAUCUCUCAGUUGAAUAAUUUGCUGGGACGUAUUUGACUCGGCGCUUUACUUUUGGUGCUUACCUCAUGGGAAACAGUGAGGAAGGGAAAUCUGUUAAGACUGGAAGUCCUUCUUCACCUGCUACAACUGAUCAGACCAAUCAGACCAACCAGCCUAACAUUCAUGUGUAUCCUGAUUGGGCUGCCAUGCAGUAUUAUGGGCCAAGAGUCAACAUGCCACCAUACUUCAACUCAGCUGUGGCUUCUGGUCAUGCUCCACACCCAUACAUGUGGGGACCGCCACAGGCUAUGAUGCCACCUUAUGGGCCACCUUAUGCAGCAUUUUAUUCGCAUGGAGGUGUUUAUACUCACCCUACAGUUGCUAUUGGGCCACAUCCACAUGGUCAAGGAGUUCCAUCUUCACCUGCUGCCGGGACUCCUUCAAGCAUAGAAUCACCAACCAAAUUAUCUGGAAAUACUGAUCAGGGUUUAAUGAAGAAAUUGAAAGGAUUUGAUGGGCUUGCAAUGUCAAUUGGCAAUGGCAAUGCUGAGAGUGCUGAGCGUGGAGCUGAAAACAGGCUGUCACAAAGUGUGGAUACUGAGGGUUCCAGUGAUGGAAGUGAUGGCAACACUGCAGGGGCUAAUCAAACUAAAGGGAAAAGAAGCCGAGAGGGAACACCAACCACCAAUGGAGAACGGAAAACUGAGAUACAAGAUGGGCCAGUUUCCAAAGAGACUGCAUCUUCCAAAAAGAUUAUAACAGCUACCCCGGCUAGUGUUGCAGGAAAAUUUGUUGCACCUGUAGUUUCUUCAGGUAUGACCACAGCACUGGAGCUUAGAAACCCUUCGACUGUUCAUUCUAAGGGAAAUGCCCCAACUGGCCCACAACCCUGUACAGUUGUGCCUUCUGAAGCUUGGCUACAGAACGAGCGUGAGCUGAAACGUGAGAGGAGGAAACAAUCUAACCGUGAAUCUGCUAGAAGGUCCAGACUGAGGAAACAGGCUGAGGCUGAAGAACUGGCACGAAAAGUUGAGAUGUUAACUGCUGAGAAUGUGACACUGAAGUUAGAAAUAACUCAAUUGACAGAAAGUUCUGAGCAGCUGAGGAUGGAAAAUUCUGGAUUGAGGGAAAAAGUGAGAAACACUCAACUGGGACCAAGGGAAGAGAUGAUUUUGACCAGCAUUGACAACAAGAGGUCUACGCCUGUAAGUACAGAGAACUUGCUAUCAAGAGUUAACAAUUCCAGUUCUAAUGAUAGAACUGCAGAGAAUGAAAAUGAUUUCUGUGAGAACAAACCAAAUUCUGGUGCAAAGCUGCAUCAACUACUGGAUACAAAUCCUAGGGCUGAUGCCGUAGCAGCAGGUUGAAACCAGUAAUUGCACUGCUGAUUAUGUAAUUUUGGCAUAUUACAAGCCCAAAAUUACAACUUGGUGCUAACAGUUUUCAGAGGGGUGGAUCAGCUGAGUUUUACAAUCUAAAUCCAUCUAUAUAGACCAGAACUAAUUCUUUGCAUGUCAGUUUUUUAGGACAUAAACUCUGUAUUCUAUUAGAUUUCACAGAAAUGGAUGACGACUUUAAAAGUUUGUAAAUUGAAGAGAGUAUUAGGGAUUUAGUUUAGACUUUAAGAGAGGAUUGCCAACCGCUGUAUAAUUAAUUGGUUGUGUAUUAACCAUAUUGGUGUGAACUUUCUAAUGCUAUCUUAGUUAAGGUAUUCUGGUUUUUU